CUUCUUUGCGGUCCAGGAAGUGGCGGCAUGGAGGCUCUCGCCAGUCAGAUGGGGAAUGGGCGCGAAGGAAGCUCCUCCCCAAACUCCAAGCAGGAGCUGCAGCCGUACUCCGGCUCCAAUACCCUCAAGCCCAACCAGGUCGGUGAGACGUCCCUGUACGGGGUCCCCAUCGUCUCCCUGGUCAUUGACGGCCAGGAGCGCCUGUGCCUGGCGCAGAUCUCCAACACGCUGCUGAAGAACUACAGCUACAAUGAGAUCCACAACCGGCGGGUGGCCCUGGGCAUCACAUGCGUGCAGUGCACCCCGGUUCAGCUGGAGAUCCUGCGCCGGGCCGGGGCUAUGCCCAUCUCGUCUCGCCGCUGCGGCAUGAUCACAAAGCGCGAGGCAGAACGGCUCUGCAAGUCCUUUCUCGGAGAGCAUAAGCCGCCCAAGCUGCCCGAAAACUUUGCCUUCGACGUGGUGCACGAGUGCGCCUGGGGCUCCCGAGGCAGCUUCAUCCCUGCGCGCUACAACAGCUCUCGCGCCAAAUGCAUCAAGUGCGGUUAUUGCAGCAUGUACUUUUCCCCCAACAAGUUCAUCUUCCACUCUCACCGCACCCCGGAGGCCAAGUACACGCAGCCCGACGCGGCCAACUUCAACUCAUGGCGGCGCCAUCUCAAACUUAGCGACAAGACGGCCACGGACGAGCUGAGUCACGCGUGGGAGGACGUCAAGGCCAUGUUCAAUGGUGGGACCCGUAAGCGGACAUUCUCCCUGCACGGCGGCGGCGGAGGAGGCGGUGGAGGUACUGGGGGACCCGGAAAAGGAGUGGCCGGUGGUGGAGGGGGCGGCCCAGGCUGCGGAGGAGACCUUCCCUCCGGGCCACCGCCCCAUAAAAGCCUUCGAUGCGCUACCGAUGAUGAUCCCACGGGGCCACCUGGCCCACCACCGCCCCCUCAUCCGCAGCGGGGGUUGGGCCUGUCUGGAGGAGGCGGUGGAGGCCCUGGAGGCGGCAGUGGGGCCGGAGUCCGCAGCUACCCGGUGAUCCCUGUGCCCAGUAAGGGCUUUGGCCUUCUGCAGAAGCUUCCACCUCCUCUCUUCCCUCAUCCUUACGGCUUCCCCACGGCUUUCGGCCUGUGCCCUAAGAAGGAUGACCCAGUACUGGGCGGGGGUGAUCCCAAGGGUGCUGGAGGGGCAGGUGCGGGUGGCGGCGCAGGAGGAGCCGGAGGCGGCGGCGGACAUUUACCCCCAGGGGCCGGGGCCGGACCCGGCGGAGGUACUAUGUUCUGGGGUCAUCAGCCAGCUGGGGCAGCCAAGGACGCGGCUGCAGUGGCGGCAGCCGCCGCCGCCGCCACUGUCUAUCCGACCUUUCCUAUGUUCUGGCCCGCGGCAGGCAGCCUACCUGUGCCACCUUACCCAGCUCAGAGCCAAGCCAAGGCCGUGGCAGCGGCGGUUGCGGCCGCAGCGGCCGCAGCAGCAGCCGCGGCUGGGAACGGUGGAGCAGGAGGCGCGGGAGGAACAGGAGGCCCAGGCGGAGGUCCAGUCCCCCCUGGAGGAGCCGACCCCCUGGAGGUGGUGGGGGACCCCGUCAAGGAAGGUGGCCUAGGAGGUGAAGAGCGGUGCCCCAGCGCGCUGUCCCGCGGCCCUGGGGACGAGGACGGAGUAGAAGAACCUCUGCCCCCGUCUUUGGGUCCCCUUCCCCUGGCACCACCCCAGGCCCCACCGCCCCACCAAGCCCGCAAGGGCAGCUACGUGUCGGCCUUUCGACCCGUGGUGAAAGACGCCGAGAGUAUAGCCAAGCUUUACGGCACCACCCGGGAGGCCUAUGGGGCUGGGGCUGCGCGCGGCCCCGGGGGCAGCGGCGCUGGGGGCUACUUGAGCCCGGACUUCCUGAGCGAGGGUAGCUCUAGCUAUCGCUCGGCCUCGCCCGACGUGGACACUGGUGACGAGCCCGAGGUGGACGUAGAGUCCAAUCGCUUCCCCGACGACGAGGAAGCUGAGCCUGAAGAAGAAGCCGAUCCGGGCCAAUCAGUAGGGGGAGGCGGCCCCGAAGGGGACCUGACUACCCCACUUCCCAGCGGCGUCUCUUCCACCUCCUCGGCCACCUCCUCCUCAGUAGACUGCCCCGCAGAUUCAUCGGACGGCGGCAGCCCACACCGCAACCGACGCCAUGUGCCGCAGCCUACUGGCCGGCCAGGUUUCGGAGACCGGGCAGCUGAGGAAGCAGGGAGACGCUCAGAUAGGAGUCCUGAGAACGGAAGCUACGAGAUGCGGGAGCCCUGCGGGGCUCUGGGAGGCUCGGGUCCAGGCCCUGGCCCUGGUUCGGGCAAGGUGUAUGUGCAGGAAAGAGACGAGCACUUGCAGACCCUGAAGAGCUCUUCGGCACUGGGAACGGCGGCCUCUUACCUUUGCAACUCAGAGGCAAAUGAGCCAGAUAAAGAAGACAAUCACUCGACAACAGAGGAUUUGGAGACUAGGAAAUCCUAUCAAGACCAAAGGAGUGUCUCUCAGCCCAGUCCAGUAACCACAGACCGAGGAGAAGAAGGAGUGACCUUGGAUGUCACUGGAACCCCGAUAGGUGAGAAAGACAUCGAGAACCUCGCCAGAGGCGAACUGCAAAAACUACUUCUAGAGCAAAUGGAGCUCAGGAAGAAACUGGAACGGGAAUUUCAGAGCCUCAAAGAUAAUUUUCAGGAUCAGAUGAAGAGGGAAUUGGCCUAUAGAGAAGAAAUGGUACAACAGCUGCAAAUUGUCAGAGACACUUUGUGUAAUGAACUAGACCAGGAAAGAAAGGCCCGUUAUGCCAUCCAGCAGAAAUUAAAAGAAGCCCACGAUGCCCUACACCACUUCUCCUGUAAGAUGCUGACUCCGCGUCACUGCACAGGCAACUGCUCGUUCAAGCCUCCACUCCUGCCCUAG